CACAGAGCAAAUAGAUACCUAGUAAAUUUUAUACUACGUGUAUCACUCAUCGGUAUUAUAUCAGCAAGAUAUAAUCAGAUAAUACUGAUAAAAUAUCACAUUAACAUUAUGACUAGUACAUUAACUGUGUCAGUCCAUAAAAUACCUAUAAAAAGUAUAUUAAUUUUGUUUUAAAUAGUCAUAAUUUUUAAGUGCAAAAUAAAGUUUUUAUAAUGCCAGAAAUAGUGCAUGUACAGGCCGGUCAGUGUGGGAAUCAAAUUGGUUCAAAGUUCUGGGAGGUGAUAUCAGAUGAGCAUGGAAUAGAUGCCAAUGGGUUGUAUAAUGGAGAGAAUUCGUUGCAGCAGGAGCGUCUCAACGUGUAUUACCAUGAGGCAUCCAGUGGUAAAUAUGUCCCCCGCGCAGUUUUGGUGGACCUCGAACCUGGCACAAUGGACGCAGUGAGGGCCAGCCCCUACGGACAACUCUUCAGACCUGACAACUUUGUCUUCGGUCAGAGUGGUGCAGGCAACAACUGGGCAAAGGGCCAUUACACAGAAGGCGCCGAGCUGGUGGAUGCUGUGCUGGAUGUCAUCAGGAAAGAGAGCGAAGAUUGUGACUGUUUACAAGGGUUCCAGAUGACACACUCCCUGGGCGGAGGCACAGGAUCUGGUAUGGGUACUCUGCUCCUCAGCAAGAUCAGAGAGGAGUACCCUGACAGAAUCAUGAACACUUUCAGCGUUGUACCCUCGCCUAAGGUAAGCGAGGUAGUGUUGGAGCCAUAUAACGCCACUCUCUCUGUCCAUCAGCUGGUGGAGAAUACAGAUAUGUCCUUUUGUAUCGAUAAUGAAGCACUUUACAAUAUAUGCUUCCGAACGCUGAGGUUAAGCAGUCCCAGCUAUGGGGACCUCAAUCAUUUGAUUUCCUUAACAAUGUCGGGUGUGACGACCUGUCUGCGGUUCCCUGGUCAACUCAACGCUGACCUUCGGAAGCUGGCCGUGAACAUGGUGCCGUUCCCUAGACUUCACUUCUUCAUGCCAGGUUUCGCCCCUUUGACAGCCAGGAAUUCGUUCAACUACCGCCCUCAGACUGUAUCAGAACUGAUGAGCCAAAUGUUCAACCCUGGUAACAUGAUGACGGCGUGCGACCCUCGCCACGGACGGUACCUCACCGUCGCCACAAUGUUCAGAGGGCACAUGUCCAUGAGGGAAGUGGACCAGCAAAUAUUGGCCAUACAAAACAAGAAUUCAAGUUAUUUCGUGGAAUGGAUCCCCCAUAACCUGAAGGUGUCUGUAUGUGAUGUACCACCUCGAGGGCUGAAGAUGUCAGCUACAUUUAUCGGCAACACGACUGCCAUCCAGGAGAUAUUCAAACGUAUAUCAGAGCAAUUCACGGCCAUGUACAGGCGACGGGCUUUCCUGCACUGGUACACCGGCGAGGGUAUGGACGAGAUGGAGUUCACUGAAGCUGCCAGCAACAUGAGUGACCUCAUAUCAGAGUACCAGCAGUAUCAGGAAGCGGAUGUCGAUGACGAUGUUGAUUUCAACGAGGACGAAGAAAUCGAGAACGAGCCGCAGUAUCAAGAGGAAGAUAAAGAAGCAGUACGAGUAGUCAACUAACAACAGAGUCAACAGUAGUCAAUAGUGUUACUAUUUUAAAUUAUAAAUUCCGAAUUUUCAUUUAAAUUGUGCAUUCUGAACGUGAAAUUAUGGGAUUUAAAAUUUAAAAUUUAAUUACA